AGCAGCCUGGAGUCCACAAACCCAUUUCGUGAUAAACCCUAGACCAUGAAGCCGCCAACGUAAACCCUGCCGAGCGUCUUCCUCUCCCGGUCCACAUUCCGUCUGCCUGUUCCGAACGUUCAUAAAUCUCGGCCGCUCUUCUCGCCUUCCAUCCAUCGCCCUCCGCCGCCUCCCUUCGGUCCUCGCCUUCACAUGGCGGGUUUUCGGUCGGCAAUGUUGGCCUCCGCCGUCGCUUCGGCAGCCCUCGCGGUGGAGCAUGCCUACGCCGACGGCGGCUCCUUCAGGUUCCCUCCAUUCUCCAAUCCAUCUCCGCCUGCUCCUCCAGCUUCCGACUCUGCCCGACCUGGUCCGCCGCCUCCGCAUCCGGCUGAGGCCCCGCCGAAGGAGGAGCCUCGUGUUCGUAACGACAAUCCUCGCACUUCUGCCGCGGGUUUCGAUCCGGAGGCCCUGGAGCGGGGGGCCAAGGCCUUGCGGGAGAUCAACAAUUCGUCGCAGGCUAAAAAGGUGUUUGAGUUAUUGAAGAAACAAGAAGAGACAAGGCAAGAAGAGUCGGCGGCAAAGAAGGCAGAGUUUCAGGCCUUGCAAGCUCAGCAUGAAACUGACAGGCAAAGGGUAAUCUAUGAGGAACAGAAAAAGUUAGUCCAACAACAGGCCCAAACAAAGGCUCAAAUGGCUCGAUAUGAAGAUGAAUUAGCAAGAAAGAGAAUGCAGGCAGAGCAUGAGAGUCAAAGGGCAAGAAAUCAAGAGCUUGUGAAAUUGCAAGAAGAAUCAUCAAUUAGACAAGAACAGAUUCGUCGUGCUACAGAGGAACAGAUUCAAGCACAGCGUAGACAGACAGAGCGAGAAAAGGCAGAGAUUGAACGUGAAACUAUCAGAGUGAAAGCAUUGGCAGAAGCUGAAGGAAGAGCACAUGAAGCAAAACUAGCUGAAGAAGUAAACAAAAGAAUGUUGAUAGAACGGGCAAAUGCUGAGAGAGAGAAGUGGAUAUCAGCAAUUAAUACAACCUUUGACCAUAUUGGAGGUGGCUUAAGAGCGAUACUCACCGACCAGAACAAGUUGAUUGUAGCUGUUGGAGGUGUAACUGCUCUUGCUGCGGGGGUUUACACAACAAGAGAAGGUGCAAGAGUUGUCUGGGGAUAUGUUGACCGAAUCUUGGGUCAACCAUCACUAAUCAGAGAGUCAUCCCGAGGAAAAUACCCCUGGUCUGGUUUUUUCUCUCGGGUUGUUAGCUCUGCAUCAAACAAAUUGAAAGGGAAAGAUUCAGGAAAGAAGGGACAUGGUUUAGGUGAUGUAAUUCUCCAUCCAUCCCUCCAAAAAAGAAUCGAACAACUUGCCAAUGCAACUGCAAACACAAAGACUCAUCAGGCUCCAUUUCGUAACAUGCUCUUUUAUGGCCCCCCUGGUACAGGAAAGACUAUGGCCGCACGAGAAUUAUCUCAAAAAUCUGGCCUAGAUUAUGCAUUGAUGACUGGAGGUGACGUUGCACCAUUGGGUUCACAAGCCGUGACCAAAAUACAUCAAUUGUUUGAUUGGGCCAAGAAAUCCAAAAGAGGUUUGCUUCUUUUCAUCGAUGAGGCGGAUGCAUUCCUGUGUGAGCGCAAUAAGACCUACAUGAGUGAAGCCCAAAGGAGUGCUCUUAAUGCUCUCCUUUUCCGCACUGGGGACCAAUCGAAGGACAUUGUGCUUGUCCUAGCCACCAACCGACCUGGCGAUCUUGACUCUGCUGUUGCAGAUCGCAUUGAUGAGGUACUUGAAUUCCCAUUGCCCGGGGAAGAAGAGCGAUGCAAAUUGCUCAAGUUGUAUCUGGACAAAUAUAUUGCCAAGGCUGGGCAGAGCAAGUCUGGUUGGUUUAGUUUAUUCCGGCCACAACAGGAGAAAAUAGUCAUCAAAGGCAUAUCAGACGAGGUGAUUCGAGAAGCUGCUGCCAAGAUUGAAGGAUUUUCUGGUAGGGAAAUUGCGAAGCUGAUGGCCAGUGUUCAGGCCGCUGUCUAUGGAAGCAAAGAGUGCGAAUUGAAUUCUGAGUUGUUUCGGGAGGUUGUGGAUUAUAAAGUUGCAGAACAUCAGCAGAGGAGAAAGCUUGCUGGUUCCGAGACUCUUGGGAAAAGCAUGUAAUGCUUUAGGUGGCUUUCUGCCUACUGUAUCUUGUAUUUCUCUGCUAUUUUUCAUAAUUUUUUUUAUAGAUGCUGAGGUGUUGCUCUAUCCUCGAUACUGCCUGCUAUUCAUCAUAAUGUAGUUUACCUGUGGGGAUUUUAAUGAGAUUUUUCCCAGAAGGCAUGAUAAUUCGUA